GCUGAGGGGUGUACUCAUAGGUGCCCAUUAUGUGGAUCCAAAUGUGAAUUAGCAAAACAUGAUCCUGGAACACAUCAUGUAACAUCAUUUCAUUUAAUGGUUUGCUUCAAUGGUUGGAGAAAUUCAGAUACACAUAUAGCAACAUUGAAAAUAUGUAGUGAACCAGCAGCUCAUGACUCUUAUUGGAUAACUUGUAAAGAAAAAGAACCUCUAAUACUUGAGAAAUUUAUGAAGAAAUAUUAUCCAGAUUGGUGGCCAUUAGACCAAAUAGAUCCUGCUAAUGAUCAAUUAAUGCAAGUCCGAGCUAUGUGGAUGCACUUGAAAGAUGAAUUAUGUAAAAAGUGGGAUAUGAAGGAUGUCACUCCUGAAAAUUGGUUCGAUGCUUAUUAUCAUUUAUUUAAAUAA